AUGGAUCGAUUGCUCAUUCGUCAAUGUGCUCUCGGCGAGGUGGACAAGGAUCCUUCCACUCUCUUCAACAAGGACAUAUGGUUCUUCGCCGUCGUUGGUGACGACAGGUCUUUUGGGGGCUUCAUCCAGGCACUUAUGUCGUGGUUGUGGGUAGCUCUGCUACAGGGUGCCGCCUUCGGCGACGUGUAUAGCCACGUCAUGCAUUGCAUCAGUGCUGCUGGCUUCAAAUCGCCCUUGACCGGGAGGAAUGCUGGUACUGUGGUCGCUAUACAGUACGACGAGCAGAUGCGUAAGGAUGCCGGGUGUGCUAUGGCUAUGAGCUCUCUUUCGAUAAGGGAAGCUUGUUCUAGCUUGUCCCGCCUUGAUUCCAAUAGGCUGAUACUACUUAUCGGUAAGGCCUCUGAUAACCACAAUAAGUCAUCUUAUAACAACAAAUCGUCCUACAAUAACUCUAGAGGUGGAGCUCACCGUUACGGUGGGAAGAAGAGACCCUUCACUGAUGAGGGCGAGGAGCUUUGGAAAAAGGUUAACGGCAAAUGGGUCAAGGUUCAAGGCUCGUCGGCUAGUGGCUCUAAGAAGGCCAAAUCUGGCGAU